UACAGUGUUAUGGAUGAGUGUGUGUAGACUGUAGGCAUGUACACUAAGCUAGACGAUAAUAUUAUUUUAGCAUUAUUUUAGUGCUUCCAAACACUGUUAUUUACUGUGUCAAUAAAUCUACUUUCAAGUGUACUGCCUCUCCUUUUCUCCACCCAUCCCACUCCUUCUCCUCUCUACCUAGCACGUCUUUCCUGCCUUUCCCCCACUUUACUCUGGACCUGUUCCUCCCCCUCUCCUUCUCCAAAAUAACUACGGCAUGCUAUGGCGCUUUUCGCAAAUCACAACUCUGUCUACGUGGCGCUGCACAUCUCUCUUAUUCACUAUCUUUUCUCAUUCUUCGAUUUCACCUCUCCUGUUGCAGGCAUCGGGGCUUCUGCAGGAUCUGCGCCCGGACUCAUACCCUCUUACGAUGUUUUGUAUUAUACCGGGGUCCGUGCAUACUUUAGCGAGGAGUGGGAGAAAGCUGCGGAGCUGCUCGAAAAGUCGAUGACGACCCGGGAGGCUCUGUUUCGGACACGACGGCAGUGCCAUGAAGAAUGUCUGCCAGCGGGACAUGACAGGCUCCCAAAGCUGGACACCGAGAAAGGGAAUGUGUGGGACCUAUGGGCAGUGGACUGGGUCCAGCGGCGGGCUGAGUGUGUGCGGUUCUGUUUGGGACGUGCUGUCACUCCUGCAGGACAGCUUCCUGUGUCUGCCGACAUCGAGUACGAGUUUAGCACCCGGAACCCCUAUAACUUCCUCCAGGUCGUCUACUGGAAUCUGGGGAAAGUACAAAAGGCGGCGUCAGCAGCCCACACGUUCUUCGUGGCCAACCCCAGCCACCUGGAGAUGAGGAACAACAUUGAGAAGUAUAGACGGAUGGAGGGAGUAACAGAGGACGCAUUCCAGGAUAGAGAGAUGGAGACAGAGAAACACUGGGCCCUGUACGACUCCGCCCUCACCUCUGAGGCCUCCUCUGAUUGGACGCACGCCGUGGAGAAAUGGAGGGAGUGUGUGAACGAGACACUGAGACAGACUGAUGAGUGCCGGGCGCAGUGUGAGGUCGCCUCACAGCGGCUCCCUGAGAGCAGAGGAGAGGACGGAAUGGACGGGGUGUUUGAGAAGGCUGCAGCACUCUCCCUCUCCCUCCUGUCCUGCCAGCAGGCCUGUGUGACCCAGGUGGCGACACGACCCGGAAGGAUUUCAGCCCAGGAAGACCUCCUACCCACACAGCUGGAGCAUCUACACAUCGCACAGUUCAAAGCUGGCGAUCUAGGAGGAGCGGUGCGUUCUCUGCGGUCUCUCCUCCUGUUCUACCCCUCAGACAAAGACUCCCUCAGUAACCUGGAGCUCUACACAGAGACACUGGGAGGUGUCACUGAGGCACAUGGGACAAAGCCCUCCCAGGAGAUAGCCAGGUAUGUGAGCCGCUCCCUGCAGGAGAAAAAGCUACUCUACUUCGGAAUGGAAAACCUCAACUUCAAUUUCACCGACCCGGAUCUCUGGACUCCAGAGGAGGUUGUUCCUGAAUUGCUAAGAGACACAUGGAGAGCAGAAAAGGAAGUGCUGAAUGAGAAAAUGAAGGAGGGAGAGAAAGAGGUGGAGAUGGACGAUAGUGGGUUCUACGCAGGGGGCCCCGUACCUCAGGUUGGUGUCACCAUCAGCAUGGACGACAAUUCUUUAAAUGGAACUAAUCGCGUCAUGCUGGACGGAGUUCUAGAUCAGAAGGAAUGCGAUACAGUACUGCGCCUAGCGACCGCUGCUGCGUCCGCUGGGGACGGUUACCGGGGGCGACGGUCCCCACACACACCCCAUGAGAAGUUUGAGGGCCUGACUGUCCUCAGAGCUGUCAAGUUGGCUCAGGAUGGAAUGGUGAACCAAUCAGACGCUAAGCUGCUGCAUGAGAUGGGGGAGAGGGUGAGAACCCUCCUGCACUCCUACUUCAGGAGUCCCUCAGGACUCCAUUUCUCCGACACACAUCUAGUGUGCCGCAGCGCCAUCACAGGGGACCAGGAGGGGAGACUGGACCUGUCUCACCCUGUUCAUGUGGACAACUGUCUACUGGAACCUGAGACCAGACAGUGCUGGAGAGAACCACCUGCCUUUACACACAGAGACCUGAGCGCCGUGCUCUAUCUGAACGAUGACUUUGACGGUGGGGAGCUCUUCUUCACAGACAGGGAUGCCAAGACUGUCACAGCCCGGGUGAAGCCCACCUGUGGUCGACUGGUGGGGUUCUCCUCCGGUCCUGUCAACCCCCACGGUGUGACCGCUGUGACCGCUGGCCGCAGGUGUGCACUGGCCCUCUGGUUCACCAAGGAGAAGCACCACAGGGAUAUGGAGAGGGAGGAGGCCGAGGCCCUGUGGGCUGCGGAUGGACAGAGUGUGACGAAAGGAGGAGAAGUAAAAGAGGAGGGAAGAGAGGGCACCGCUUCCCCGGCUCGGAGUGGUAGAAGCGGAAGCCAGUCGUCGAGGACUAGAGGGAGGGGCAGGGUGACAGGGGGAAAGGACGAGCUGUGAUGGAUUUAAAGACUGAACCACCCACGCUGAACAACGGGGUAGUCCUGUUCACCUCCCUGUCCUACUUGGUGGACCGUCCCGGUCCAGCCACCAGUCCCCUCUCCCAAAAGACCGUUGAACUCUUCUCUAUUUUUACACCAGGCUUUUCAAUCCCUACCCACGCUCUUUCGCUCCCUCUUCCUCUUUUCCUCUCUCUCUCUGUCUGUGAGACCAUUUGUGAAAAGAAGGUAUUUUUGUCUGUCUUUCUCGCUCUCUCUCCCUCACGCUUUCUCUUUGAGACUGUGUUGCGUGAUUGUGUGUCUUUCCACCCCCUCCAUUGACAAUCAGUUCAUUUGUGUUAGAGUGUAUGCCUUAGUGUUUUCUAUGUAAUAAUUGUAACAUACCUGCUGGAGAAAAGUAAAAGAAAUUGAAUAAAAGGUAUUCAAAAUGG